CGCCGCGUUGCCUCCAUUCUCGACCACCAAAAAUCAAAAUACCCUCUCUUAUCACUGCAUCCCCAGAAAUUGGAGUGAAGUGCUGAUUUGAAAGGGGUAGGAGAGGAACGAGUUGAGUUCAUGGAAAAACCCUCGGAAGAUAAUUCCAAUUCGUGAAUUUUCCUUGUUCUCCAGAAAAUUCAACUUGUGGCUGUGGUAAUCAGCCGGGAGGGGGCGCAAUGUUAAAGCCUCGACUUAAAUCGUCCCUUCCAAAAUCCUCUUUCCGUUCUUGCCUCCCCUUCUCUUCUGGAGCGAACAACUACCAGGUCCCGAACAUGGCUUCAAAAGUUAUUCACUUUCUGUCCAGCGAUCCUCGGUGGCCUAAUAAUCCGGAGCUGAAGAAGUUGGUCCCCGGCCUAAGGCCUCCUCAGGUGAAGGAAAUUAUCAGCACCCAUAGGAGUGCAGAGGUCGCGUUGAGGUUUUUCUUCUGGAUCUCUAAGAAUCAUUUUUACAAGCAUGAUGUGGCCAGUUAUGUUUCAAUGUUGAAUAGGCUUGUAAAGGACCGAUACUUAAAUAAGGCGGAUGAGGUCAGGAUUCUGAUGAUUAAAGCUUGUCGAAAUGAGGGGGAGCUUAGGAGCGUGAUUGAGUGUUUGAAUGACAUUAGACGAAAAGCUGGUUUCCAGUUCAGUUUCCAUACUUAUAAUGCUCUUCUGACUCAGUUGAACAAGUUUGGUAUGGUUGUAUUAGCUCAAAGCUUGUAUAAUCAGCUUUUGGAAAGUGGAAUGACACCCAGUUUGGUGACGUUUAAUUUGGUGAUUAAUGUACUGUGCAAGAAAGGACAGGUUCAGGAGGCUGAGUUGGUGGUGAGCAAGAUUUUGGAGCUUGACAUGUGCCCUGAUGUGUUUACUUAUACUUCUUUGAUCCUCGGACACUGUAGAAACAGAAAUCUGGAUAAAGCCUUUGAAGUUUUCGACACGAUGAUUAAGCAAGGAUGUGAUCCUAAUUCGGUUACAUAUUCAACUCUGGUCAAUGGAUUGUGUAAGGAGGGUAGAUUAGAUGAUGCAAUGGGUAUGCUUGAAGAGAUGAAUGGGAAAAGGAUAGAAUCUUCUGUGCACACAUAUACAGUACCAAUCAGUUCUUUGUGUGAGUAUGGGCGUGUAGAUGACGCCGUUAGGCUCUUUAGAAGUAUGAAGGACAAGGGUUGCUACCCAGAUGUGCACAACUAUACUGCACUUAUUGGUGGUUUGUUUCGUGCUGGCAGAAUGGAAAUUGCAAUUGGACUCUAUCAAAAAAUGUUGAAGGAUGGUUUGGUUCCCAGUGUCGUUACAUAUAACUUAUUGAUCCGUGAACUGUGUGUUGAAGAGAAGUAUGACAUUGCUUUUAAUUUCUUUGCCUGGAUGGAGCGACAUGGUUCCCUGGCUAAUUCACUGACCUAUAAUGCAAUAAUUAAGGGGUUGUGUGACAGGGAUGAUAUUGAGAAGUCCAUGCUCCUUUUUAACAAAAUGUUGAAGGAUGGCCCUCCACCAACUACCGUGACGUAUAACACGCUCAUUCUUGGGAACCUUAAACAGGGAAAUCAUGACAAUGCUUUGAGGUUACUGGACAUGAUGAAGGACACUGGUUGUGAACCUGAUGCAUGGACUUAUUCAGAGCUCAUUUCGGGUUUUUGCAAAGGAGGAAAAUUGGAGACAGCUGCUUCUCUUUUUGAUGAGAUGGUUAAACGUGGCAUUGGGCCAGGUCAGUGGACUUAUACUGCUCUGAUUGAUGGUUACUGCAAAGAGGGCAAACUUGAUGUUGCUUUGGCAUUGUUAAAGAGAAUGAGAGAAAAUGGUUCUCCUCCAAAUAUUGAAACUUAUAAUGCCAUUAUAAGUGGAUUUUCCAAGCAGAAUCAGUUUUCAGAGGCAGAGAGACUGUGUGCUGAUAUGUCAACUGAAGGCUUGGUACCAAACGUCAUCACCUACACAUCUUUAAUUGAUGGGUUGUGUAGGAAUGGUGCAACCGAUAUGGGAUUCAAGAUUUUUAACGAGAUGGAAAGUCAUGAUUGCAGCCCAAAUUUACAGACGUAUACCUCACUCAUCUAUGGCUUGUGUCAAGAGGGGAGAGCCGAUGAGGCAGAGAGAUUGCUAGAAGAAAUGGAAAGAAAGAGAAUUUAUCCUGAUGAGGUUACAUUCACUGCUCUUAUUGAUGGUUUUGUGAUGCUUGGUAGAAUGGAUAAUGCAUUCUUACUGUUCCUAAGGAUGGUUGACAUGGGUUGCAAACCAAACUUCAGAACUUACUCCGUGUUACUGAAAGGACUGCAAAAGGAAACCCAAUUGUGUGCAGAAAGAGUAGUCGCUCAGAAUGAGGCCGUCUAUCUGCAUGACUCAGUUAGCAGAGUUACCAAUUUUGAUUUGAUUUGUCAUCUCUUAUCUAGAUUAUCAGAGAUAGGAUCUGAACCGACAACGGAUGUGUACAGUACUCUGAUUAGUGGCUUGUGUAAAGACGGAAGAUCCCACGAGGCAAACCAGUUGGUAGAAUACAUGAAAGUGAGGGGUAUGUAUCCUACUAUGGAGAUGUACUCCUCUCUUCUAGUUGCUCACUGUAAGAAUCUUGAAGUAACCCCUGCUUUCCGGAUUUUUAAUUUAGCAAAGCUUGAGGGGUUCAAGCCUCCUCUGUCUGUCUACAAAGUGCUUAUUCAUGCUCUAUGCAUAAUCAAUCGUGUGGAAGAAGCUGAGGAUUUGUUGAAGUCUUUACUGGAAGAACAAAAGUGUGGUGAUCUGAUUGUUUGGACAGUUCUGGUUGAUGGGCUACUGAAAGGAGGGAAAUCAGAACUAUGCAUGAAGUUUCUUCACCUAAUGGAGUCUAGAAAUUACUCACUUAGUUUACAUACAUAUGUUGGUUUGGCAAGAGAACUUUCCAAAGCAGGUAAAUUGAUAGAAAUGGAUCAAGUGCUCAUCAAGCUUGACAGUUUGAAGGCAAAGGUGUCACAAGUAUCUUUGCUAAAGCAAGAGGUGCUUCCGGUGUCUGUUGAGGAGAGAUAGUUGUUAUUGUUUAAAAUACAGCAAUAUCAUUUUG